UCAGACGCCGCUGCACUCCGUUGUCUCAAGUCUCGAGGCAGCUAUCGUAGCUGACGGCCGGCGUUGCAUCGCUGCCUGCGGACAUUCGUUGACUAUAUAAUUAAUUAUACGCUAACGAGCUUAAAGUUCAGUAACUCAAGGCGCAGCUUCGGCUUCGCGGAGCGCGGGGCGUAAGCGUUAUCGAUAAUAUAAUUACCGUGUUGUGUUGUGCAGUGACCGGUGUUUGACGUUUUCCGGGGCAGAAACGUUCGUUUUUCAAACACGGAAAAUGGCUGGCGAAGAUGCAGAGAUUUGUGGAUUUCUGGAUGCCAAACUGCCUGGCAACAGAGGAAUGACCCAAAGAGUAAGAAAACGUUCUCUAGCACCUUGGAAAGUCUGGAGACGUCAUUGGUGUUCGGUGAGAAAAUUGGGUCCGGGUCUUGGAAUAGAAGUUAGAUUAGACUGCGGUAUAAGUAGCGGCGGAGCUACGGUACCCAAGGAUCGUGAUAACGCGAUAAAAAUACCGACAGAUGCUAUUAUCUGUCGUACAGAAUCCAGGUCCAAACAGUUUGCAUUCGGUAUUUUUCCUCCGAGCGAAAGAAAACCUCUUCUAUAUCUGUGUGGGAAUUCUGAAACUGAAAGUCAACGCUGGAUGGCAAAUCUUAGGCAGGUACUUAAGCCCAGAAGACAUCGUUUCAUGGAAGGCAUGUUCCAUGUUUCAAUGGUCGAUAAUGCACAUUCAAGAGGUGCAGGUCUCACAGGGCUUCAUGGCGAUCUCGUAGCCAGUCGUUUGGGCGUUUUCGUCAAGGACGUCAAUUCCGGAGAAAUAAAAGAAAGCUUGGAAUGGAAAGAGUUGAGUCAAUUUCAUCUUCCAGCCGCAGGUCGACCAGAAGAUGUGAAACGAAUUUGUGUGAUUCACACAUCCAAAGAGUUUCGUGGAGGUGUUGGCGAAUUGCAUUUGUUCUGCUUUGAAGCCGUAAGAUUGCUCCAGGACUUUUUAACGCAGGGAAGAGGACCACGACACAAGCAUCUAAAUGAAAGGCCUUUAAGUCUUAGUGAAGGGGACUUAAGAAUUUCCAUUCACAAUGAUGCGGACUCUGGUACUUGUCCUGUAUUGAAAUCCAAAGUUGCAUCCAGUUUGAUAAGUGCUGGCUUGGGUUUGUUACUGUCGACAAGAUCUGGUAGCGAGGCAAAGUUAUUAGACGACAUAUCAGAGAACAAAAUUUUGGGAAACGUAUCCCGUUCAAAAAUAAACAUAUGUACCCGAGCUGUCGACAAUGUCUAUCAACCAGAACCAGCCAGUAUUCCAAACAUUGGAUCAAGUCUGGAAGAACUAGAAGAACCUUGCCCGAGAAGAGUUUCUAACAUCUCAGUUGCUUCGGGUAUCUAUGAAGAGAUUAUGGAUGAGAUUGAUCCAUCGAGGACUAUAAAAAUGCCAUUUAAUUUGUACGAAGACCCGGAGGAACUACUUUUUGGGCCUUGUGGCCCCAGACAACCCCCUCCACCUUUACCUCCGAGACAACGCUGUGGAUCUGGAUCCACCCGCAAUGGAAGCAUAAGUGACGAUGGUCUAGAUUCGGAAGGUGGAACGAGAUCAGCUACGCCUAGUACUCAAGAGGAUACCACACCAACACCAACGCCAGAGGAUAAAACAAAUACUAACCAUACAUCAAUUGAUAAUGCUGAGUAUGUUCCGAUGUCUCCACGCCUAAAAGAUAUCAUACAACAAGACCAAAAUCCUGCUCAGGAAGAUUUUUAUAUGAUAAUGCGCUGACGCUGCUGUUCAAAUAAGUAUCUUGAUAAAUAUUACGGUAGGUAAUAUUGCAGGUAACAAAUUAAAUACACUAGCACUAAUUCCGGGUGACCCUUUACUUGAAUGCGCGAUAAAUAAGUAAGCUCUUGACCUAAUAUAAAUGGCUGAUUUACAUGUAAAGAGCAGCUCAUAUCAUGAUAGUAACUGUGAAGUGAUAAUUAUAAUAAUAUUAAUAUAUUAUUUGAAAUAACAGAAGAUCCUGUUAUCUUUUCUACUCAAAUAUCAAUCUACUUGUAUAUUAUACAAUCAGCUGCACAAUAUGACAAUGCGUAACAAAUUUUAUUCUCGAUCUAAGGAUUUUGAUACGCAGAAUAAGCAUUAUAACGUGUUAAUGUUGAAUUUAAUAUUUUGUAGUCCUAACAACGACUUGUAUUGCUACUAGAUGUAUUUACGGUAAGGCUCAAUAGAACUCAGAUCUCUUCUGAUUAGAAUAUUCAUGACGAAUGUGGGUACGGCAAAUUGAUGAAUUAAUUGAUGGCGAAGAUCAAAUGCUAAACUCACAUUAUUGCGCCAGUCAACUAGCCUGCGGUACUGCGUAAGGAAAAAAAAGAAAUUUAUAUCAAGAGCGUUCAUGACGUUUCUAAUUUAGCAUAGAAGAUAAAUUAUACUCGGCUUUUGCUCAAAAACGUUUCUACAACUUUUUAAACUUUUUACAAAAUUUAUUUAGAGAAUUUUGAUACUCCAAAUAUUUAUCCAAUAUCUGUACAAAAUUACUGUGCUAAAGAGCAAUGAUAAUAAUAAAUGGAAAUUUUAAUCGCUUUUAUACAGUAAAUUUACAUGGCUAAAUGAUAGAGAUGUAUCUAAAACUUAAUGUUGAAAUUACUGCCUAUUGCCUUUCGCUAUGUGCCUCAAUAUGCAUUGUAUUAACUAAAGAAAAGCUUGUUAACGUUUGAAUUAUUGUUAUUGAGUUUGUUGCAGUACGCAAAAGAAUUUUGACUUCAUUGAGGUCAUAAUCUAAAAACUUUC